GACCCCACCCCCCUCCCUCUCUCCAGCGCCCCAUCAAUCUUCAGACUUAUUAUUGAUCGCAGCGCCGGGCGAAGACCCAGCCAGCGCCGGCCACUCUGCACUGCGCUGAAGACGGAUCGGAUGCUGGCCUCCUCUCUCCUCGGGAAGUCAUGUCAAGCUCAAAUGUUGUGACCGCUGUCGCCAGGUUGCUGAGUGUUCUGGCCAUUAUUGUUUCCCUGUUGACUUUCUGCACCAACUGCUGGCUGCUCGCUACCGAAAUCUGCGCGCUGCCACAAAAUGACACAGAACCGGAGUUGAGUCAGGAGUUUCAAGUUGGCAACGAAUUGAAGCCAACUCAAAUAUUAGAUGAAGUAAAUCAGCUGUCAAAGAACUCGUGGAAUCAAAGUGGAUAUGGAGACCAGGUUGAACGACACAUUCAACGACGAAGUAUUGCUGAAACAUUGAAGAAUGUCGAGCACUUUUCUGAAAUAUCUAGUUUCCACAGCAAAGCAUCUGCGAAGAUAUUUCACUAUGAGGGUUUCUUCUGGAGUUGUGCAAUGAAAGUACCACAUAUUGACGACAGUUUUUCAACAUACAUGUUUUCUGAGCACGAAGUAUGGAAAAGCUGUAUCGGAGCUUACCACCUUCCUUUCCCAACAAGACUGACCCAGAACAGCUCUGUUUAUGAUCCUGCCAUUGGUUAUCGCCAUUCCUGGAGCGUGCUGAUCGUAUUGUCUGUACUCACCGUUGGAAUUGGUUUUGGGCUCAUUGUUUAUGAAACUCUCCAAGCGCACGACUCCAUGUACAUACUGGGAGGUGGAUUCUUCAUUUUGGCUGGUAUUUUGUCCACAUUUUCCAUUAUUAUGUACAUCUUUUGGAUUCAAGCUCUCAAUGCUGUAAUGAGUCAGAUCAUUGAACCAAAUAAAUCAUGUCUACACCCAAUGGUUAAAGUUCAGUUUGGUUGGUCUUUCAUGAUGGCUCCUGUUGGCACACUCUUUUCCAUACUUGCAGGUUUGCUUUUCUUUCAGGUUGGAUGGAUGGUCCAAAAGCAAAAAAGGGACAUAAUGUAUUCUGUGCCAUUUGAAAAAGUUGGUGAUGAUGACCUCUGAUUGUAUUUCCACGCUGUGAUUUCCUACUUCUUCCAUUUUCUCCUAGUUUCCCCAGUAAUCACAUACAUUGAGUAUCUGCAGUCCUCUUGUUCCUAAUCCCACUAAACAAGUGUGGGAAAUGAUUGUUGAUGAGCUACUUGUCCACUGCAUCCAUAAAGGUGCUGCUCAGCACCAUCUAUACUGGGCAGUAAUCAGGUUGGAGUAACUUCCAUGGAAGUAAAUUGGAUUGUUUGUAGAGUCCCAUAGCUUACUUAGUGUAGACCGUGUCAAAACAUAGGUUUUCAUGUUCUAGGUGCAUAAUGAGGCCAUUUGGACCAUCAAGUCUACUCCACCAUUCAAUCAUGGCAGAUCUAUCUUCCCCCCUCAGCCCCAUUCUCCUGCCCUAUGUCCAUAACCUCUGACACCUGUAAUAAUCAUUUUUUCUUAGACUGCAUCAUUCAUGGUUAUGUAUUUCCUCACGGAACACAAGGAAGCCAGCUUUUUACUACUUUCAGACCUUUUGUGAAAGCUGUGCCUCAAUUUGAAAUGCAUUUUGCUCUGUAAACAAGUUAAGCAAUCCUUCUUCCAACAAGUGCCCCGAUCGCAUAAAGCUUUGUAGCUUAAGCACUG